AUGUCGGCUAUGGAGGUAGACCAGCAACAUAAUGGAGCUCAUGCCCAUACUGGUGGAAUUGAUGAAGGAUUGUAUUCGAGACAACUAUAUGUGUUGGGUCACGAUGCCAUGCAGAAGAUGUCCCUCUCAAAUGUAUUGAUUAUCGGAUUGAAGGGACUUGGUGUUGAGAUUGCCAAGAACGUCAUCCUCGCUGGUGUCAAAUCAGUGACACUAUACGACCCAGCUCCAGUAAAGAUACAAGACUUGUCGUCCCAGUUCUUCCUCACUGCGCAAGAUGUGGGUCGUUCACGAGCUGAUGUCACUGCUCCUCGGGUCGCUGAACUCAACAAUUAUGUACCCGUGUCUGUGUUGGAGGGUCCAUUGACUCCGGAAAAGAUUAAAAAGUAUCAGGUCGUAGUAGCUACAGAAAUGUCGAUGAAGGAAAAGUUAGAACUUAAUGCCAUCACUCAUGCCAACCAUAUCAAGUUUAUCGCUGCUGAUACCAGAGGGCUCAUUGGAUAUGCAUUCAAUGACUUUGGUGAUGCUUUUGAAGUCACUGAUCAGACUGGUGAAGAAGCUCUGACUGGAAUGAUUUCUGGUAUUUCAAAAGAAACCGAAGCGUUCGUAGCUUGUCUAGAAGAAACCAGGCAUGGUUUAGAAGAUGGAGAUUAUGUUACAUUUAAAGAGGUCAAGGGCAUGACUGAAUUGAACUCUGCUCAACCUCAAAAGAUCAAAGUCACAGGACCUUAUGGAUUCAAAAUUGGCGACACCACAAAAUUCAAUGAUUACCUCGAUGGCGGUAUCUUUACCCAAGUCAAGCAACCAAAAACCCUCAAAUUUUUACCGCUCAAGGAAUCGUUGGCCAAACCUGAAUUCUUGAUCUCUGACUUUGCAAAAUUCGAUCGACCUGCUAUAUAUCACGUUGCCUUCCAAGCCCUCGAUAAAUUUAUAGAAAGCCAUCAUGGUGAAUUCCCUCGUCCUCGUAAUGAACAAGAUGCAGAAGAAGUCUUGAAGAUUGCCACCGAACUGAACAAGUCACUACCUGAACCCUUUGAAUUGGGAGAUGGUAAACUUGUGAAAGAAUUAGCAUAUCAAUCUAGAGGUGAUUUGACUCCCAUGGCUGCUGUAAUCGGUGGUUUGGUAGCUCAAGAAGUAUUGAAAGCAUGCAGUGGUAAAUUCAGUCCCAUCAACCAAUGGCUAUACUUUGAUUCACUCGAAUCGCUACCAACCAGUGUCACCUUGUCGGAAGCAGAAUGUGCUCCAAAGGGCAACCGAUAUGACAAUCAAGUCGCUGUAUUUGGUAGCACCUUCCAGCAAACUAUCGCCAACACGAAAGAAUUCCUUGUUGGAUCUGGAGCCAUUGGUUGUGAAAUGCUCAAAAAUUGGUCCAUGAUGGGAUUAGGCACUGGACCAAAAGGAUUUAUUCAUUUGACGGAUAUGGAUACAAUCGAAAAGAGUAAUCUUAAUCGUCAAUUCCUAUUCCGACCGUCAGAUGUAUCGAAACUCAAAUCAGAAUGUGCUGCUGCGGCAGUUGCUAAAAUGAAUCCAGACGCCAAGGGUAAAAUACGUGCAUACCAACAACGGGUCGGUCCUGAAACAGAAGACAUCUUUGAUGAUGCUUUCUGGGAAGGCUUGACUGGUGUCACCAAUGCUUUGGAUAAUGUUGAAGCUCGUAAAUAUGUUGAUCGUCGAUGUGUAUACUACCGCAAGUCUUUGCUUGAAUCUGGAACGCUUGGUACCAAAGGAAAUGUCCAAGUGGUGAUUCCUUACAAAACGGAGUCAUAUUCUUCGUCUCAGGAUCCACCUGAAAAGUCCAUUCCUAUCUGUACAUUGAAAAACUUCCCCAACGCUAUUGAGCACACCAUUCAGUGGGCUCGAGACUUGUUUGAAGGUCUAUUCAGACAACCUGCUGAGAAUGCCAACCUGUAUCUUCAACAAGGAAAGGAAUUCGUUCAAGCCACGAUGAAGCAAAGUGGUUCACAGAAAGAUACCUUGGAACAAGUUGUAGCAUUCUUGGGACCAUCACGUCCAACGACAUUCGAACAAUGUAUUCAAUGGGGUCGAUUCAAGUUUGAAGAAUACUUCAACAAUCAGAUCCAACAAUUGUUAUUCAACUUCCCCAAAGAUGCAGUGACUUCUGAAGGUAAUUCCUUCUGGUCUGGACCAAAGAGAGCUCCUGAUGCGUUGGUCUUCAACGCAGAGAAUCCAUUACAUUUGGACUUUAUUGUCGCUACUGCCAAUUUACAUGCCUACAAUUAUGGAAUGACUGGCUCUCGAGAUCCUCAAUAUUUUAAAACAGUACUGGCCAAUAUGAUCGUGCCAGAGUUCGUACCUCGAUCUGGUGUGAAAAUCCAAGUACAAGAGAAUGAACAGAUGCAAACAGGCAACACUGAUCAAAGUGAAUUGGAUGAAUUGGUUGCUUCACUACCUCGUCCAGCUGAUUUGGCAGGCUUCCGUUUGUCACCAGUAGAUUUCGAAAAGGAUGACGAUACCAACUUCCAUAUUGACUUUAUCACUGCCGCAUCCAACUUGCGAGCAUCGAAUUAUGCUAUUGCUGUGGCUGAUCGACACAAGACCAAAUUUAUUGCUGGCAAGAUUAUUCCAGCUAUUGCCACUACCACUGCGCUGGUUACUGGUCUGGUUUGUCUUGAGCUCUACAAGAUUCUUGAUAACCGUGAGAAAUUGGAAGAUUACAAGAAUGGAUUUAUCAAUCUGGCUCUCCCCUUCUUUGGUUUCUCGGAACCUAUUGCUGCUCCUAGUCAAUCGUACCAUGAUAUCAAAUGGACAUUAUGGGACCGAUUUGAUUUAGAUGGAGAUUUGACUUUACAACAAGUCAUUGAUACAUUCAAACAAAAGCAUGAGUUGGAGAUUACCAUGUUAUCUUGUGGUGUCUCUAUGCUCUACUCAUUCUUCAUGCCAGCCAAGAAGAAGGAAGAACGACUUGCUUCAAAGAUUUCCAAACUGGUCGAAACCAUUUCCAAGAAGCCAGUUCCACCUCAUGUUCGCUCAUUGAUACUGGAAGUGUGUGUGAAUGAUAGGGAUGGGGAAGAUGUUGAAGUACCAUACGUCAAGUUAAACAUUCGACCAUUGAAUGCCGCCGAGUAA